AUGUCGUCCCAACUCAAGGAAAGCAAGAUCGCCUUCAUCGGCGGCGGCAACAUGGCAGCCGCCAUCAUCGGCGGCCUGACCGUGACAGGCAUCGCCAAGCAAAACAUCGUCGUCUCGGAGCCGUGGGCCGUGAACCGGGACAAGAUGGCGGCGCAGGGUCUCCGGGUCACAACGUCCAACGCCGACGCCGCGCGCGACGCCCACCUCGUCAUCCUGGCCGUCAAGCCCCAGGUCGCGCAGGGCGUGUGUCGGGAGCUGGCCGAUGCGUGGUCUUCUUCUUCUUCUUCGCCGCUGGUCAUCUCCAUCGCGGCCGGCAUCACGCUGGCGAGCCUGCAGGCCUGGUUCAAACCGACCGGUCAGGAGGGCGCUGCCGCGCCUCCGCACAUCGUCCGCGUCAUGCCCAAUACGCCGGCGCUGGUCGGAGAGGGUGCGUCGGGCCUGUUUGCUGCGAACGAUGUGUCGGGAGCCGAACGGGAGCUGGCGACUGCGCUGGUGCGCAGCGUCAGUAAGGCCGUCGAGUGGGUGGACCGUGAGGAGUUGAUUGAUGUUGUCACGGGGCUGUCAGGAUCUGGACCCGCUUAUUUCUUCGCAAUGGUGGAACACCUGGUUGAAAGUGCCACAAAGCUAGGCCUCACGCGCGAACAGGCCACCCGCCUGGCGACGCAGACAUGUCUCGGCGCUGGCAAGAUGCUCGUCGAGUCUCCUGAGGAGCCGGCGCAGCUGCGCAAGAAUGUGACCAGCCCUAACGGCACGACGGCCGCUGCGCUGGACAGCUUCGAGGCUUCUGGUUUCGCGGGGAUCGUGGACAAGGCUGUUAAUGCGGCGACGACGCGGGGAGAAGAGCUGGGCCGGACGCUGGGGCAGUGA